AUGGAGAGAGCAUCGACCUUCUCGGUUUGGUUUACUCUUAUGCUUUUCCUAGGAAUCUCUAUUAGUGGAGGUCUUUCUAAAGGACAACAACAUCUUGUGAAGAAGACACGUUCUUCCGCAGUUGUGGUCGGAACUGUCUACUGUGACACAUGUUUUAACGGCGCGUUUUCCAAAUCCCCAAACCACCUAAUCCCAGGUGCUUUAGUUGCAGUGGAAUGCAUUGACGAGAACUCGAAACCGAGUUUCAGACAAGAAGUGAAAACAGACGAGCACGGCCAAUUCAAAGCGAAGCUACCUUUCACUGUGAGCAAACAUGUGAAGAGGAUCAAGAGAUGUUCCGUGAAGUUGCUAAGUAGCUCACAGCCUUACUGCUCUAUAGCUGCUUCCGCGGCUUCUUCUUCUCUCAAACGCCUUAGAUCGAGAAGCCACGGAGAGAAGAACACUCGUGUUUUCUCGGCUGGAUUCUUCACUUUCAAACCUGAAAACCAACCAGAGAUCUGUAGCCAGAAACCAAUCAACCUCCGUGAGUCCAAGCCUCUUUUACCGGAUCCUACUUUCCCACCACCGAUCCAAGAUCCUGUUUCUGUCCCUAAACUCCCAAUAGUUCCUCCUCUCCCAAAUCUUCCAGUAGUUCCUCCGGGGUUACCUGGACUUCCUGGGCUUCCUGGACUUCCUGGACUUCCUGAACUUCCUGAGCUUCCUCCUGUUCUUCCUCCAGGACCAGGGCAGAAACCAGCUUCCUUGGGAAACAAGAAAGAUGGUUCCUUGGAAGACAAGAAAGCCGAAGUAGCCAAACCUGAUAUCUUCUUCCUUCCUCCAAAUCCGGUAACGCCUCUCCUCCCUCCGACACCGCUAAACCCGCCUCUCCUCCCUCCGAACCCGCUAAACCCGCCAUCUAUCAUCCCUCCCGUACCGCUAUUACCGUCUCCCCCAACACUCCCAAUACCGCUUCCGACCCCAACUCUUCCUGUACCGCUUCCUACUCCAACACUUCCAUUACCGCUUCCCACUCCCCCAACUCUUCCAUUACCGCUAGUACCUUCUCCUUCUCCCCCAACUCUUCCACCGCUACCGGUACUCCCUCCUCUUCCAGUUCCUGUUCCGGCUCUUCCAGUUCCUGCUCCAACACUUCCAUUACCCCUUCCGACUCCCCCUACACUUCCAACACUUCCGACUCCCCCAACUCUUCCAACACUUCCGACUCCCCCAACACUUCCAACACUCCCUCCUCUUCCAGUACCUGUUCCGACUCUCCCAGUACCUGUUCCGGGUGUAACUCCUCCGCCUUCACCGCCGAAACCUUCUUUCCCUGUUCCCCUCCCUCCCCUCAUCCCCGGAGGCCCUCCGGCUAAAUCUUCCUUUUCUAGUCACCAUCAGCCUUAA